AGCAUGGCACAGUGAAGAUGGGAGAGAUCUGACAGCAGCGGAAUGUAUCGGUUAUAUAUUUAUAUAUUUUAUUUUGAUCCGAUAUAUGAUAUUAUUUGUUUGUGAUGACGGAGUAACAUAAUGGAGUCUGUGAAGAAACGACUGGCUGAGUUUUCUGUGGAGGCUCACGAUUUGUACCUGAACCGAUCAGUGCCGUACCUGGAGGAGCCGCCCGACCCGCUGCACUUCUACCGCGACUGGAUUGGUCCAAACAAGCCGUGCAUCAUCCGCAACGCCUUCAGCCAUUGGCCGGCUCUGUCCAGGUGGACGCCAGACUACCUGAGGGAGAAGGUGGGGUCAAAGGUCAUCAGCGUAGCGGUGACUCCUAACGGUUACGCUGAUGCCGUUAACGGCGACCGCUUCGUGAUGCCGGAGGAAAGACGCAUGAGCUUUUCUUCUGUUCUGGACAUCAUCGAGGGGAAGGUGCAGCAGCAGGGGGUGUUCUAUGUCCAGAAGCAGUGCUCUAACCUGCUGGACGAGCUGCCAGAGCUCACAGACGACGUGGAGCCUCACGUGUCCUGGAUGAGCGACGCACUCGGAAAGUUACCAGAUGCAGUGAAUUUCUGGCUUGGAGAAGCGAGCGCCGUAACGUCCUUGCACAAAGAUCACUAUGAGAAUCUGUACUGUGUGAUUUCUGGAGAGAAAAACUUCAUCUUGCUGCCGCCCACAGACCGACCCUUCAUCCCCUAUGGGAUGUACCAGCCGGCUGUUUACCAUCAGCGGGACGACGGGGAGUUCGAGGUCGUCGAUCAAAGCGACUCUGAGAAGGUCCCGUGGAUCCCUCUGGACCCUCUGGACCCGGACCUGGACCGGUUCCCUCAGUACGGCAGCGCUCAGCCGGUCCGCUGCAGCGUGAAGGCGGGAGAGAUGCUGUUCCUGCCGUCCCUCUGGUUCCACCAUGUUCAACAGUCCCACGGCUGCAUCGCAGUGAACUUCUGGUACGACAUGGAGUACGACAUCAAGUACAAUUACUUCCAACUGCUGGAGACGCUGUCCAAGGACUCUCAAGGACUCUCAAGGACUCGGGGUCAACGUGACGUCACGUUAGCUGCUGGAGACGCUGUCCAAGGACUCUCAAGGACUCUCAAGGACUCGGGGUCAACGUGACGUUAGCUGCUGGAGACGCUGUCCAAGGACUCUCAAGGACUCUCAAGGACUCGGGGUCAACGUGACGUCACGUUAGCUGCUGGAGACGCUGUCCAAGGACUCGGGGUCAACGUGACGUUAGCUGCACCAUGAAGCACUGAAAUAAUGUUCUGUUUAAAACUAUCAAGACGUCUUUAGAUUUAAAAUGUGAAUGAUAUUAAAACUCAAAACAUGAAUCAA